CAUUCAGUUUGGCAAGUCCCAGCCGGUGAACUGUAUGUAGUUUUAUCCUCACAAGAGGAGGGAUUGGGAAAGCCCUUUCCCAUUCUCCCCACCCCUCUGUAGAAGGAGGAGAUGGAGUCUGAUGCCUGAAAACUUGUAAAAGAUGUGUACUGUAUAUAGAGCACAUAAGAACAGAAAUCUCAUUUAGAACAUGGGUUUCUGAUUAAAAACUCUGGAGGAGCAUUAAAGGAAGAAAGAACAUUUGUCUGCAGACUUUUCUCUCCCCUCACCAGCAGCCCAUGGAAGCAGAAGACAUGGGGAAUUCAAAGUCAGACAAGAAAAGUUUUGCUAGUAGAACAAUUAAAAUAGCCCUAGUUAUCCUCAUUUGCAUCACAGGGAUUCUCGCUCUGCUGCUCUUACUGGUAACUCAAGGACUUAUUCACUUCCACAAGGAGAAAUUUUGUUUAACUCCAGAAUGCAUUGAAGCUGCUGCUCUUAUUCAAAACAAAAUGAAUCUUUCUGUUGAUCCUUGUGAGAACUUUUUCCAGUAUGCCUGUGGUGGCUGGAUAGAAGACAAUCCCAUUCCUGAUGACCAGUCGAACUAUGGAAUCUACCCAUGGCUGAGGAAUAACGUUGAUCUUAAAAUUAAAGCACUUUUGGAGAAGCCUUUAAGCAAGAGACGAGAUUCAGAGUCUGCGCAAAAGGCAAAAAUAUUUUACAAGUCUUGUAUGAAUGAAACUGAAAUAGAGGAUGUCGAUAUGAAGCCACUCAUAAAACUAUUGAAACAUUCGUCUCUUCGCUGGCCGGUACUAGAAUCUAACAUUGGAAGUGAAGGAAAGUGGUCAGAGAAAAAGUUUAAUUUUCUUCAGACUCUUGCAGAGCUGCGGGGGCAGUACAGUGUUUCAGUUUUCCUGCGUAUCUAUGUGGGGACAGAUGACAAGUUAUCCAAUAACUUUAUAAUAAAGUUUGAUCAAGCAUCUCUGUCAUUACCAUCUCAUGAGGAUUACUUUGAUAACAGUACUUCUGCACAAAGACAAAGAGAUGCACUAUUUCACUUCAUGGUUGAUGUGUCAGUUUUACUUGGGGCCAAUAAGACAAAAGCAGAAUCUGAUAUGAAAUCAUUGAUUGAUCUGGAAACUAAAUUGGCUCUGAUUACCAUACCCCAUGACAACAGGACAAGUGAAUCUUUAUAUAACAAGAUGAAUAUCUCAGAGUUGAGUACUAUGAUUUCACAGUUUGAGUGGUUAAACUUCCUGAAAAAAGUAAUCGACUUCAAACUUUACCCCAAACUUAAAGAUAUUGACUCGUCAGAACAUGUUAUUGUUCGAGUACCACAAUAUUUUAAAGAUUUGUUCAGGAUUCUAGAGUCUGAGGACAAAAGGACUAUUGCAAACUACCUAAUAUGGAGAUUUGUGUACUCAAGAAUUUCAAAUCUUAGUAGACGGUUUCAAUUUAGACAGCUGGAAUAUGUACGGGUUCUCCUGGGUACAAAUUCUUUGGCAGCUCGUUGGGACAGAUGUGUAAAUUAUAUUGAAAAUGCACUUCCUUAUGCUGUUGGGAAGAUGUUUGUGGAUGCUUACUUUCAAGAGGACAAAAAAUUAAUGAUGGAGGAAGUUAUUGAAGGCAUACGCUGGGCAUUCAUUGAUGUGUUGGAGAAUGAGAAUGACUGGAUGGACGGAGAAACCAAAAACAAGGCCAAGGAAAAGGCAAAAUCUGUCAUGGCAAAAGUGGGAUACCCAGAAUUUAUAAUGAAUGAAACAUACAUAAGCGAAGAGAUUAAAUCUUUAAAAUUUUCAGAGUCAGACUAUUUCGGAAACAUACUGCAGACACUGCACUUUCUAUCACAAUCUGAAUUCUACUGGCUAAGGAAAGAAGUUCCUAAAAAAGAGUGGUACACUAGCCCUACCACUGUUAAUGCCUUUUACAGUGCAACUACAAACCAAAUUAGAUUCCCAGCUGGAGAGCUUCAAAAACCUUUCUUUUGGGGAACAGAAUACCCACGAUCCCUGAGCUAUGGAGCAAUAGGAGUAAUUGUUGGCCAUGAGUUCACACAUGGAUUCGACAGUAAUGGUCGUAAGUAUGACAAGGAUGGAAAUUUACAUGCGUGGUGGACUACGGAAUCAGAGGAAAAAUUCAAAGAGAGAACUAAAUGUGUUGUGGAUCAGUACAACAGUUAUUACUGGAAGCAAGCUGGCCUGCACGUAAAAGGAACAAAGACUUUGGCAGAAAACAUUGCGGAUAAUGGAGGAAUGAGAGAAUCCUUUCGGGCAUACAGAAAAUGGAUUCAGGAUAAAAGAGGUGGAAAAGAAGAAGUGCUUCUUCCUGGCAUAAAUCUUACCAAUAAUCAACUCUUUUUCUUAAGCUAUGCCCACGUGAGAUGCAACACCUUCCGACCUGAAGCGGCAAGAGAGCACAUCAUAAAUGGAGUACAUAGCCCACCCAUGUUCCGGGUAAUUGGUGCAAUGAGUAAUUUUGAAGAAUUUCGUAAAGCUUUCAAUUGUCCAGAAAAUUCAUUAAUGAAUCGUGGAAAUAAUUCAUGUCGAGUUUGGUAGAAGUGAAGGCACAUUUUAUAUAAUAGAAGGACUGUUAUAUCAUUUGAAAUUUUUGAAACCAAAGAGGACUAUCCAGUUGAAUUUCUUAAAGCUAUCUUGAAGAUUUGGAAGUAAAUGUAAUGCUGCUUUAUUAAUGGUCAUUUAUAUACACUAUCAGUCUUGAAUUAUAAUCUGAUUUGAAUAAAUGUAUUUUUAAUUUGUACAAAAUAGAAUUUAGAUCAAGAUUAGUACAGAGCAAAGUUUGCUUAUACAAAAAUUCACAUAGGGAACAAACAUGUAUGCUGUCCAGUGGCGACCUACAUUUUUGGGGCUUGAAUUGUAAUGCCCCUUCACAUCCAGCAAUAAUAGAGAAACAUGCAACAAGGCCCUUGCAAGGACAGCACCCCUGGCUCCUUUUCACCUUUCAUCGCUCCCAGCCUAGGACAGGCCUCCUUGGGCUCUGCCAUUCCUGAGAAUUUCACAAAGAGAAGUUCUGCAGACUGUCGGAAAUUGUAGUUUAAAACGGAUACAUGUUUUGCGCUAUUUGCAGAGCGCAAAUCACAGAGCUAGACUAAAACUCCCAACAGCCUCCGUGGUACUAAGCUAAGCGCAUCCAAGCUGCUAUGCUGUACUACAAUCCUGGUUGUCAUGGUGUUAUUGGUGAUGAGCUGUAACCAUACAGAAAAUAAAAAAAACAAGAGGUAAAAAUCUGAUUUUUGGUGUUAAAAUGCACAAGUGAGAAGAGUGAUGAUUCUAUCACAAAAAUAACCUUAUUUUAAUAACAUUCACUAAUAAAACUCCUUCCAUUUUGUUGAAAAUGUACUCAAAAAAGUUUCUUCAGGGCCCUUCUGGGAUUUGGAGCCCUGAAGCUUAAACUUCAUUAUUUUCACAGUAGAUUAACCCCUGAUGCUGUCCUUGAAUAUUGUGGCAAAUUUGUGAACUGCAUUUAAACGGAUAAAAAACAAACAGUUAACUGAUCAACUUUAGUAGGUUUCAAACAAACUGUAGGCAACCAUUAUAAUGUGGGCUUGCAUACAUACUGUAAAUUGUCGGUAAAUGAGAACUGACUUUAACAAACUACAGGAAAGUUAAAAACAAUAUUUAUUAGUGGCCCAAAAACAAUAUUGGCGUUGCAGUCAACAUAGAAACCAAAUCUGUAUUUAAUUUUUAGUCAAUUUAUUAAAAAGUUGAAAAAUAUGUGACGUGCAUUCUUUUAAAGAUUGGUGUAGAAUGUGCUUAGUAGGAGGUACUGUACAUAAAAAAAGCUUUAUCAUAAUUUUUAAAAUAAAGUUGCAUUGCACACAGUACAGUUAGGGCAGGCAAUUAAAUUAUGAGAACUAUGCAGGAAAUUCACAGUACAAUAAAUGAACAAAAAUGGCUUCUUUAUAUGUAAUUGAUUUACUCCCUUUACAUAUAAUACUAAAUGUUUUAGGGUACUUUUGAAUGAAUUUUUUAAAGUACUAAAAGUAGAUUUGUGUAAUAAUUGGUUGAUGGAGAAUAUAAUUCCAAGGCAGGAACUAACAUAAAUGGAAAGGGCAUUUGGGAAAUUAAAGAGAGAAAGAAUAUGAUUUAUGGGCAUAUCAAUACUGAUAUAUUAACCAAGGGAAGUAGUCACAACAAGAGAAUUGUCAGGGAGGCACUCGAUAUACCGGCUGUCGGGAUCCCGGUGCUCAGCAUACCGGCGCCGAGAUCCCAACAGCCGGUAUACCGACAACUAUUCUCCCUCUUGGGGUGUCCACUACACCCCUGGUGGGAGAAUAAAUAGCGUGGCAAAUGCAGUGAGCCCACAAGGUGCUCUUUUGCGCUUGUCCUGUUGCCAGCAUUCUGGCGAUUGUGAUCCUGGCACCGGUAUGCUGGGCACUGGAAUACCGAGUGCUGGCCAAACAUAGUACACCCGAAUUGUCAGGGUCUGCAAUCGAUAGUUAUUCAGGCAGAUGACAAUACCAGGAGUCAAAGGAAAAGAUGCAACAGACUAUGAGGCAUAUUUAUCACAAUCCGCAAAUUUAACCUCAUUAUGGAUACUGGCACAUAUGAGUUAAUUUACUUAAUGGUUAUUUUUAAUUGCAAAACCUUUUGAAGUCUGAAUGUGUAUUUAUAACUAAAUUAGUAAAUAUCUAAAACUAUUUUUUCUUAACUUGAAAUUUAUUGUCUUUUCAAUAAAAUGUAUAUAAAAAAUCUUUAAAUUAUAUAUCUCUAAAAUUAAAAAUUUGUGCCUGAAGAGGUUAAUAAGGAUUUGGUAAAUAUUUUUUUGCAUCUAUUUGCACUGUGAAAACUAAAAUUUUCACAGGAAUGUACAAUUCUGUUCGUGCUGAGACGGGCUCUGAUAAAAGCCAGUUCCAGCUAUGGGCAAUGCUACCACUCUGCUUCCCGAUUCAAUGUAUAUGGGCGUACUACACAUGCAUGGCCAUUGACCAGCAUAUGUGUUAGUGAGGGGACAUGGUCAGGGAUCUGGAGGAUCCUGCUAUGAAAAAUCCCCUUUACAGUAACCCAAGGGCUACCAGAGGCUAACCCCAUCUUCAGAUGUCACUAGCUAUUGGGGCCUAUCUCCAGAAUGCUUCUCACUCCAGAACUUAAAUCUACAUUGCAGUCCCCUUGCUUUAUGGUCAGAAAUGGGAGGGAUGUUUAGAUAUCAGAGAUAUCUGCUGUGAUGACUCCAAUGGUACAUCUGGGAAUCCCUUAUAUUAAAUGAUAAAUAGGCUAUUAACAACAAGACUGUGGCAUGAAUAACACAAAGAAAGAGAAAGAAAGGGCUCUGUUACCAAAACACUACUGACGAAAUUUGCUCUUAUUGGGGAAUUACAGCAGGGCAAGUUGUGGUAACAGGACAUGACAAGAAACAAGGGAAGGUGUUAACAAUAAGAGAAGAAAAUGGAAAUUGGCUAAUGUAAACAAUGGAAUUGAUAAAAUAAGAUACACAACACACAGAAAAAUACAAAGACAGAAGGGACAAAGGCUAGAACAAGCACUAAAGGGGGGUACACACGGAGAGAUCCGUGUUUAAAAUCCAAGCAAUCUGACUAGAUUGCUUAGAUUUUAAGCACGGAUCUGCCGUGUGUAUGCCCCCCAGCGAUAGCGAUGCGUGGCCCCGCGCAUCGCUAUCGCCGGUGCUAGAUUGAGCCUGCAUGCAGGCUCAAUAUAGCGUGUCGCUCACUUCACCGCUGUGUGAAGUGAGCGGCCCCCUGUUCCCCCCCCCCGUCCGUCUCGCUCAGCACAUCACACUGUGCUGAGCGGGGUAAGAGAUGUGUGCUGAGCGGUCUGUGUUAAGAUCGCUCAGCACACAUCUCUCCCGUCAGUACCUCCCUUUAGACAAAGAAGCAGCAAGUUCAGGCCCAAUGAUAUAAGGUAAGUAUGUACAUAGGGACAAGCCACAAAAUGCCCCAAAACCCCUAAUGUACCUAAUGUAACAGACUUUACACACUUCUGCAUUUUAUGAUGGAUUGUUAUCCUUAAACUGAAAUAUAACUCUAUAUAUAUAUAUAUAUGUGUGUGUGUGUGUAUAUAUAUCUAUAUAUAUAUAUUUAUAUAUAAAAACACACAUAAAUAGAGACACGUGAGUUGUAGGAUUGACUAAAAAUUGGAAGCUUUAUUUAAAAUGUAACCAGUAUUGUGACAAAUUAAGGAAAGAUCAGCUAUCAGUAUUGCCACUUGACCAAUGCAAUUGGCUUCAACAAGCAUUUACUUGGGCCCACUGUUUUGGUGACAACAACAAAGCCAGACCUCCAUGCCAGAUCCAUCUGGCAUGCGUUGCUGACCCCAAUAUGAUGACAUUAGGCUUACCUGUGUAUUGAAGGGUAGUCUGCAGUUCUUUCCAGCUACAAACAAACAACAAAGACAACAACUAAUGGAGGGAGGUUGGGAAUUUAUAGGAAAUGAGUAAGCCUAUGACCACAGAAGACACAAAAUAAAGCCUUCACCACCUAGUACCUUUACACCCACUAGACCCCAUAGGAUAGCCUUUUGUCAAACAAAAUUGUAUCGGACAAUUCCCAUCUUUUAUAACAACCCAUAUUAAUUCCAAUAUCUGCUCCAGUUUUGGGGUUUAAACACUGCCAAACCAAACUGUAAAUCUGUUUCCUGUGCUUCAGACAUUCACAUCCUAAAAUAUUACAUCAUUUAAUUUUUAUACCUCACAUGUUUUUGUUGAAAUGGCAUCUCUUCUGUCUUUAAUAAAUAUUAUAACAUAACAUAUAGACAGAGAUUUUCAUUGUGCUAAAAUGCGUAAAAUAUAUUGAUCACAGUUAAAGAUGAUUUACAAAGCAGACUUGUGGAAAUGUUUUCUAUCAUUUCUAUAGAAUGUCACUAAAUUCCAGUUUAUCUAAUCCUUACCAAUGUGGGCCAGCACAAAAUAUUCUGCCAAUAUACUGUGUGAAAUUGGCUCUCAUAUACCAUGAGAUUUUGGUGUUUAGAGGAUUUUCACCAACAGACAUACUGUAUUUCGCUUUUAUGGCACAUAUUCUCCUAAAAUGUCUAUAAAAUAUGUAGCUUUAUCUUUUCACCUUCUUUCUGUGAUUUGCACCAACUAAUUGCGAUGUAUAGCAUUGCUUUAUGGGAAAGUGUUAGCUUCCUCAUUGACAAGAGGAAUUCCUGUAGUGUAUGGGUAAUCUAUAAGUGCUGACUAUAAGUGAGACCAAAAACAAGCUCCUAUGAUUAAAAAAAAAGAAAACAAAAACAAAAAAA